GUCCUUAUGGCCUUUACGCCCAGGGGCCCUGAGGCCUCGUUUUUUGAUGUUUUGGACCGGCACAGGGCUUCUCUACUGGCCGCCCUGAGGAGAGGCGGCGAGGAGCCCGCGGGCGGGGGUUUGCGCUUGGCUUCCAGUUCUGAGGUUCUUUCAUCUAUAGAAAAAAUUAUCCAAGACAUAGUCACAAGCUUGGCAAGAAAUGAAGCGCCUGCAUUCACAAUAGACAACAGAUCAAGCUGGGAAAAUAUAAAGUUUGAAGAUUCUGUGGGUCUUCACAUGGUAUCUCAUUGUACCACAAGAAAAAUCAAAAGUGAUUCACCAAAAUCAGUUAAAAAUUUUGCACUAAUUCUUAAAAUAUUUUCCAUGAUUUAUAAAUUAGUACAGAGCAAUACUUAUGCAACCAAAAGAGACAUUUAUUACACUGACAGCCAACUCUUUGGUAACCAGACUGUUGUGGACAAUAUUAUUAAUGAUAUUUCCUGUAUGUUAAAAGUGCCGAGGAGGAGUCUGCAUAUUCUGUCUACAUCAAAAGGUUUAAUUGCUGGCGAUUUAAAGUACCUCGAGGAAGAUGGCACCAAGGUGAACUGCACGCGUGCAACAGCUGUUGCUGUGCCAUCUAAUAUUCAAGGAAUUCAGAAUUUAAUUACAGAUGCGAAAUUUCUACUAAUUGUAGAAAAAGAUGCAACAUUUCAGCGCCUCCUGGAUGACAACUUUUGCAACAAAAUGUCUCCAUGCAUCAUGGUUACGGGAAAGGGGGUACCUGAUCUGAACACAAGACUUCUAGUCAAGAAGUUGUGGGAUACAUUUCACAUUCCUGUUUUUACUCUGGUAGAUGCUGAUCCACAUGGCAUAGAGAUAAUGUGUAUCUAUAAGUACGGAUCUAUGGCUAUGUCUUUUGAAGCCCAUAAUCUCACAGUUCCAGCUAUUAGAUGGCUUGGUCUCCUCCCUUCUGAUAUCAAAAGAUUAAAUAUACCCAGAGGUACUUUAAUUCCACUGACAAAACGGGACCAGAUGAAACUUGACAGCAUCCUAAAGAGACCUUAUAUUACUUGCCAACCAUUUUGGAGAAAAGAAAUGGAAAUAAUGGCAGACUCUAAAAUGAAGGCAGAAAUUCAAGCUUUGACCUUCCUAUCAUCAGACUAUCUUUCCAGAGUGUACUUACCUAACAAAUUAAAAUUUGGUGGGUGGAUAUAAAAAUAUGUCAGAAUAUAUCUUGUGAUCACAAAAGGCUUUUCAUUAGUUUUGUUUUCAGCAGUAGAUACUGUUAUGCAAAGAACAAAUGUUCUUCAUUUUAUAGAGGUAAAAUAUAAUAACUUCGUAAUUGUAUUUUUUUGUCAAAAAAUGCUAUACUCUAAUUUUCUUGAGAAGGCUUUAUCAUUCUCUUAGAGAUUAAUUUCUAUCCUAUGUUCUAAAUUAAAUCAUAGAAGAAUGUAUGUUAUUUUGACUUUUAAAUUUGUUUGAAAAAAUGUCUAACACCUGUCAUCAAAGUCUGCAGAAAUGCUUUAUUUACUUUCUACAGUACAAGUAAUGUUAAGGCAUGAAGUAUCCUAUAGUAACAAAAGUGAAGAAGUGAAGUGAAAGUCACUCAGUCGUGUCUGA